AGAAAUUGCAGUGGCACUUCUUCAUAGUUCUACGUCCGCAGUACUUUUGCUUUCACUAUAAAAAGCGCAAUCUGUGGAUGUUUGUGUACUUCUAUAUACGGAUACAAAAUGAUAUUAUACGUGUAUCCAGUAACGUGCUACAAACAUCAACGCCUUUUUUGUACUGGGUAGGUAGUAAGCACUACGUAGAUAUUUCAGACUUUUAAUAGCGUACAAACAGUUACUGGCUCACAUACGUGAUACGAAAGAUGAAAAAUUUCGUUUUUAAUUGCGACUGACGGUAAAUGUAAUCCGACAGGCAUUUUCAGCUUAUUGUCAACACUGCCUAACAGUCGAGCAUCGUCAUCCGACUCGUACUGCUAACUGCUAAGCAAGUCACAAGUAUGAAAAUAUUGUACUUGGCGUAGUGUAUUGGUUUGUUCAGCCAAUUCUUUGCAAGACCGGCUUAAUACAGCUUAAUUGUACAAUCCUAUUUAGAUGACCUUUCCUUGUUUGCUAAAAAAGGCAGUAAACGUUUCAGUAUCAUGCAUUCUACUGUUACAAUCGCAGGCCGCAGUAACGCAGGCAACAACAUUUUUGCCGUUGUUGUAAGCCGUCACUAUUUACAUACAUCCUGAUCCUGCUCCGGUAUAUCUUUGUCUUUGUGGCUUGUAUCUAUGCCCGGCCAGCUAGACGGUUGUACUUACACAAAUCGUCAGAUUGCACUUGUUAAACGCUGCGCCGCUGCCACUGCUGAAAGUCUUCUCUGAACUGGUUUUCAUUUUUUCGGAAUUUCUUUCUAUUGAACCAUCACCACCCUGUGUAGUUGUGAUUGCUUGAAUGAGUUUUGGAAAUAAAUUGUGUGCAGUGUUCGUGGAUAUCUGCUUUAUUGUUAGAGCAGAUUGUUGUUGGUUGGACGUCCUCCUGUAAACCAGUGUCUGGUUAAUCGUAGCUGUGGCGUUUUCCGACGGAAUAAUGGCCGACGGUGUUGUCGUUCCUGCCAUGGCUGGACUCCGACUGGGUCGUGGGCUUUAUAGGCGACAUGGAACUCGCGCCACGACCGAGGUGCCCCGAACCCAGCAAGACGAUGCUUCGCAGCAUCUAGCUUUGGAAAAUCAAGCUACUGAAGAGACAACGAAAGCAGCAGCGAGUCCCAAAAGCGAGCGAGUGUCAAGUCCCAAAAGCGAACCUUCGACAUCAUCCGAUAAAAACGGUCUCUCGCAUGGUUCCUCCACGAAUAAUCAGCCGUUGGCUGCCAAAAAGAAGCCGGCCAAACGACGCCAAGUUGGAGCAUCAAUGGUUUCUGCCGUACCGUCAUCAGCCAAGCAAGGCUUCGUAAAGGUGUUCAUUCCAGUCCGGGGUUUCCAUCUGUGGAAGCCGUUACGCGGUGCUGCAAAGCUGCUCACCAAAGAUGCGUCCCGUGACGACGGCAUGGUUGCACAAGGUUUCGCGCAGUCACCAGUCCGUCGAGGCCGGCGUACGCGUGCUCAAACGGUAUUUUAUGGUUUCGAUAAAGCCGCGUUCCUGCAGUCGGGUAGCCGGAAGAAACGACGUUUCGGUUAGCGACAACAAACCGUUGGUAUUCACUACAUCAGUUGAUCAACGAAGGACUUUCCAAUCAUCGUCUAUACGGUCUGCAAUAACAAUCCUGGGGAAACUACUGCACUGUUUAACUAACGGGAAUACUUGUUUUCAUGUUUAACCGAGAGUUUUCGCAAACAUGUAUCGGUAAUUAAUGGUUAAUGCUCAACAUGAUAAAACAGCUGUCUUGCUUGUAUGAUACUGCAGCCUAGCUACCAAAUAACUAAUGAGCAACGAAAUUGUUUUGAUACAGCGUGAAUUGUACUACUUGAUUAUGUAAACA